UCCCGGGCCCCGUCCCGAGUCGGCGACUGCCCUUGUCAACCGGAGCCUGAGAGAUCAUGGCCACGGGCUCGGGCGGAGAGCGCGUCGCAGCUGCGGCAGCGGCGGCAGUUUGGUGUCUGGCCGGGGCGGCGGAGCGGCGGCGGCAGUACUGGCGCUGACACCGGCCCUGAGCAUCAUGCCGCGGGGCAGACCCGAGAGGGAGCUGGCGGCCUGGUGGGAGGCGGAGGCCGUGGCCGCGGCCAAAGCGCAUGCGGCGAAGGAGCAGGUCCGCGUGGACCCGGGCGCUGCCGGGGAGCCGGAGCGCAAGGCGGGGGAGGAGCAGCCCAAGGAGCCGGCCCCGGCGCAGCCCCGCGCGGCCGAGGAGGGCGACGCCCAAGUCCCACCGCGGCCGCCGCCCACGCUGCCCAUGUACCAGGCGAAGCCGGUGUCGGCGCAGGGCCUCUACCCGCACGGGAAGUCCAGGAGCAAGAGCCGUAGCUGCAAGCGGAGCUCGAACCGGCCCGAGGAGUACUGCCCUCCGCGGCCUGUCACCGUGGACAGCUCCAAGGCCAGGACCUCCCUGGACGCCCUGAAGAUCAGCAUUCGCCAGCUCAAGUGGAAGGAGUUCCCAUUUGGCCGACGCUUGCCUUGUGACAUCUACUGGCAUGGAGUUUCAUUUCACGACAGUGACAUAUUCUCCGGUCUAGUGAACAAGUUUCCAGGCAUGACGGAGAUGGUGCGUAAAAUUACUCUGAGCAGAGCAGUAAGAAUCAUGCAGAAUCUCUUUCCUGAGGAGUACAACUUCUACCCUCGCUCAUGGAUUCUGCCUGACGAGUUCCAGCUCUUUGUGGCUCAGGUUCGGAUGGUGAAAGAUGGGAACCCCUCCUGGAAGCCCACUUUUAUUGUGAAACCUGAUAGUGGUUGCCAGGGUGACGGCAUCUACCUCAUUAAAGACCCCAGUGACAUCCGCCUGGCAGGGACCCUCCAGAGCAGGCCGGCGGUGGUCCAGGAGUACAUCUGCAAACCUCUCCUUAUCGACAAGCUCAAGUUUGAUAUCCGUCUGUAUGUCCUACUAAAGUCCUUAGAGCCCUUAGAGAUUUACAUAGCCAAAGACGGACUCUCGCGGUUUUGUACAGAGCCCUACCAGGAGCCUCACCCCAGAAACCUGCACCACAUCUUUAUGCACUUGACCAACUAUUCACUGAACAUCCAUAGUGGUAACUUUGUCCAUUCGGACAGUGCUAGCACAGGCAGCAAAAGGACCUUUUCUAGCAUUCUUUGUAGGUUGUCUUCCAAGGGUGUUGACAUCAAGAAGGUCUGGUCUGAUAUCAUCUCCUUGGUGAUUAAGACUGUCAUUGCCCUGACUCCAGAGCUCAGAGUGUUCUACCAGUCGGAUAUCCCCGCGGGGAGGCCGGGGCCCACGUGCUUCCAGAUUUUAGGCUUUGACAUUCUUCUCAUGAAAAAUCUGAAGCCUAUACUACUUGAAGUAAAUGCAAACCCCAGCAUGAGAAUCGAACAUGAGCAAGAACUCUCUCCAGGGGUGUUUGAGAGUGUCCCCAGCCUUGUCGACGAAGAAGUGAAAGUGGCCGUCAUCAGAGACACACUGCGUCUCAUGGACCCAUUUAAGAAGAAAAGAGAGAACCACUUUCCAGAUAUCUAUAUGGACAGAAAACACAGAUUCCCUCCAGUUUCUGACAGAAUGUCUUCAUUGAAGCUUCAGCUUUCGAAGCUUUCCGUAGUCAGGUCUCAGCAGCUUGGGAAGCCGUUAGCCUCAAAGGAAGAGCCUUCGGAGGGUGAUGUGGCCAGUGCCUUGGCAGGCGGCGCCAGUCCCGAAGGCCAUCUGCCCUCCAUCUGCCUCAAGCAGGUGUUCCCCAAGUAUGCAAAGCAGUUCAACUACCUGCGCCUGGUGGACAGGAUGGCAAACCUGUUUAUCCGGUUCCUGGGUAUCAAGGGGACAAUGAAGUUGGGACCAACAGGCUUUCGGACGUUCAUAAGGAACUGCAAGCUCAGCAGCAGCAGCUUGUCCAUGGCCGCCGUGGACAUCCUCUACAUUGACAUCACGAGGAGAUGGAACUCCAUGACCAUGGUCCACCAGGAUUCAGGGAUGGGCCUGCAGGCCUUCGUGGAGGCUUUCUUUUACCUGGCCCAGAGGAAGUUCAAGAUGCUGCCAUUGCACGAGCAGGUCGCCUCGCUGAUUGACCUGUGUGAAUACCACCUGUCCCUGCUGGACGAGAAGCGCCUGGUGUGUGGCCGGAGCGCCACAUCGGGGGGCCGGCCCCCUCACAGUGGCACCCCGCAGGAGGCCACCCCCACAGCCCAGCGGGCUGAGGGCCAUCCACCGCCCUGCACGAACAGUGCCCUCAAGCUCUCCCAUUCCAGACACGCUCUGUCCUGAGGGCCGCUCUGUCCUCCCAGAAGAAGAUUGAGCCCUUCCGAGCCCAAGAGACCCCCCAGGCUUCCUGCCGGGGGAGAGAUGGCAGGAUGCUGAGAAUUCCCACCUGAGAUUCCCCCUAAUCGUCUCCAUGUUCUGCUAAGCUGCACUUCCAGAGGCUGCCUGAUUCUCAACUGCCCUCGUCCCAGCACCUCUUGGUGGCCCACCUGCUUGCAAGCCAUCAGCGGACGUAUGAUAUCCAAAACGUGACAGAUGGCCUCUUCUAUUCUGGGCUCAUGGGAAGCUACAACCGGGGAUAAAACUGCUGUGUUUGGGGAACGGGGUGCCAACAACCCCAAGACGGAGAGCUGCGGAGAAGAAAGAACUUGAGGCAGCCGAGACUGGGGUCUGCUGAGGCCCCGAAGAGAACAGGGUUAGAGCCCAGGGACAUCCUGUGUACUUCCUACCACCCAUUCUGUGAGAAUGAAGUGGAAAUACCCAGCAGGCCUGCGGGACUCACCCACCGCAGUCAUGUGCUACGUGGGUGUGGUUAACAGACCGACCUCGUUGAUUUCAUGAGCUUGCCUGUUGCUGCAAUGUUCUAUGUGUUAUUCAUUAAGAUGUGAUUAACUAAGAGGUAACUGAGGAAGGCUCCUGAAGUCUCAGAGCUGGCAGGAGCCUCUGAGAUCAUUUUGUUUGACCUUGACCCCAAAGCAGGAGUCCCCCAGUCACGUGGCCUCUCAUUGAAGCCCUCCAUGGGGGGUGGGGGGUGAUCGCCAAGUGUGCCCAGAGUGUGCAGGGUGCCCUGGAGAGGAGGAGGGGGCUUCAGAGGGAAGGAAAGUAAGGCCUGCGUAAGGAUCAGAGCGUGUGGAAGCUUGAUGCCAGAAGCCGGGCAAAGGGGAGCCGUGCCCUCCCAUCUGCGAGAGCCUUUCCCUGUCUCCAUCCGUGUCCCCAGGUGGCCCCCACUCAGAGGGGAAGCUUCAGAGGCAGCCAAAGGUAGCAUUUUGGAAAAUGGCCCCAGGCAAGUCAGGGUCCAGGGCCUGCCGACCACAGGCAGACAAGCCAAGCUCUCCAGAGUGUUGUUGGAUUUGGGGUUAAUGCGGCCCUUUCCAGAGGGUCCUCGUUAUAGGACCCUGGGGGCCCUGGACUUCGCUGACCGUCAGGCUCUGAGUGAGGA